CAGCAGCAGCAGCAGGCAACUGUAAAGAGAAACGAUAAAGAGAAAGAAGGUUAUAUCAAUUGGGCAAAGAGCUCCACAGGUUCCCACCCUGCAAGGGCUGGAUUGGGAACACAGCAGCAGCACCCACCAGCACACAAGAGCUGCCAAACCCAGAAGCAAUGUGGCCCAGUAUCCUCAUCUGGCAAAAUCAUCCUUAGGAAGCAUCCAGCACUUCUUAGGAAUCCCCAGUGCACAACCCAGUUUACAGGUAAAGAUUAAGCACGACUGCAGCAAAAUAUUACCUACAGGUGGCAUUCAGGAGCACCCAUCAGCAGCAACCGAGCAUCAUCUCCUGCUCCAGAACCAGUCAACACCUGGGACAUUUACCUUCCAUCACCAAAAAGGUACCAUGGCUCUGCUCAAGCUUUUUCUCAUGGCUUUCAGUUUUGUCUUCUGGGCCGCAGGGCUAACCAUGCUUACCAUUGGUAUCUGGGCCAAGAUAUCACUGGGCACCUACCUGGUGCUGUCCACCAAUGAAUAUCCCAACACCCCUUUCAUCUUGUUAGCUACUGGCACUGCUGUCAUUGUUUGGGGCUUUCUAGGCUGCUUCAGUGCUGCCACUGAGCACCGUUGCCUGCUGCGCACCUAUGGGGGCUUUCAGCUGGUUGUGUUGGUGGCCGGCUUAGCAGCAGGGCUCUCUAGCUUGUUUUAUCACAAGGAUAUUGCCGAAGGAUUCCAGAAUGGGCUGCGGGAGGCCAUUCAUUCCUAUACAGAGGAUGAGGAGAAAGCGGAGGCCCUGGAUUCUAUCCAGCGCACCUUGGACUGCUGCGGUGUGGAGAGUUACCGCGACUGGUUUUCCUCACCAUGGUCUAUGAGGCAACAGACACCCAAUAACUCGGUCCCUGCAAGCUGUUGCCGGGCACGCAAAGGUUGCCUGCACAGCCCUCUCCCCUCAAAUGCUUGGGGCAUUUACCGUGAUGGAUGCUUCAGCAAGGUCUACAACUUUGUCAGCAACAACAUGUUCUACAUUGCUACGGCUGCGCUUGGGCUGGCCCUUCUGCAAGUGGUGGGCAUCGUGCUGGCUUGCCUACUGGCGGUUCGCAUUCUGCCACAUGCUGGGCCACCCGGAGGUGCCAUUCCACACUGAAUAUGGUGCUUAUCUACCUGGGCACAGCACUGAGUUCUUCCAUUUUCCAGUCACUCUCCCCAAGCUAGUCCUCCUUCCUUUCUACAAAUAACAAAACACUCCAUCACCACCAGCCAGGCACAGGACCAAACCCUCCAACAACUUUAGAUUAGCCUCAUGCAUAGCACUACCACGGUACAUCAUUAUCUUUGCAAUCAUUCCCAUUGCACCCUCUCUCUAACAGCCACCAGAUCUUUCAUGAAGUAGUCCUCCUCCUCCUCCUCCCCUCUAGUGUUGAUACAAGAAAACUUGUCUAAUGCUUCCAUCCUUCCCCUCUAAGUUGGAAAAAUACCUAGCUUUCCUACUGGAAGAUUUCUUCACCUCAUUCAUCUAAUGCAGUCUCCUUAAUCUAAUCAGAGAACUGGCAGGAGGAGCAGUUAUAUAAUUCUACCUGAAAUUCCUUUGCCCACUUCACCGACAAUGAGGGGGGGAGAAUUAUCUCCACUUGAAAGGGAAAGCAGAGCUGUCAUCUUUUCCAUUUGGGUGUGGAUUCUUAAAGCCUCUUUCUUGCACCAACAGUGAUGGGGGAAAGAACAAACUUUUGCUCAGGGCAGCUGGUAAGACUUUUGUUGUGACAUUUCACUGUAUCUACAGAUGGAACCUGAUUUGUGGGGAGAAGAGAGAUAUGGAGAAUAUAGAGACAGAGAUUUGUCAGUAGAUUAAUUCCUGUAUCGUGGGACAAAAGCAGGUGAAUGCCUUUAUUUAGUUUUCUUUGGGAGAGGGAAGGGAAAUUAAGGAUCCCCUAACAGAGACCUUAAAAGGGAAAGGGACUAGCUCUUUUGGUUCUCUCUGUCAUUCAACAUAGGAGACAAGGGUGUUUUUCACACAGGACGUCUAGCUCACAUCUCCUCCGGAAUGGAGGGUGUGCAUACACAUGUCGGCCAGAUUUACCCCAAAGUACCUGUGAGCUUUCGGGGAGCAUUUCACAAUUUUCAUUGUGUGUUAAGAGCGCAGCCCGAUUUAUAUGCAGGGUUAAAAAAAAAAUCCAAUUUUUGCUUUGGUUUUUUGGGACAACUUCGAACUCACAGUAAAGUCUUGCAGUAAACUCGUGGUAAAGCCUGCUGUGUGAAAAAUGCCCAGGACAUCAACAGAAUCAUCGGCUGAGCCAACUCUAAAUCCUUCCAAGUCUUGUUUGAAUCCUACUGGAUCCACUAACCUUCUCAGGUGGACUCAUCCUAAUAGGUCCUCACUCCUAUAAAGACAUGGCUUACCACUGAACACAGAAAAAUCCUAUGCUAAGGGAAGAUCCAAAUUUGAAUGAAGAAAAACUCAGAACCAUCUGAAAGGUCUCUGGCAUCCAAGAAUGGCAAUAUAACGGAUACAAAAAUGCCAUUUUGCUAUUUCCGAGGAAAGGAAAGAGAGUAUUUUACCUAGUGAACAUGGCAAGGGACACCCCCAAAGCACAUCCUUAACUUGCUAGAUAACUACAAAAUGUUUCCCAGCCCAAUUACUUUGGAACAACAAAAAUAUCGGGUAGGGCCUGGAGAACAGAAGUUGGGAAUACUCACUAGAUGGCCAUACAGCAUCCUAGUGUAGAAAGAGGUGUGGAUAUUGAAGAAGAGAGAUGAAGUAUACCAAUUCUGGCCACUUUUCAAGUUCCUACAUUCCAAUCCACCACCAGCCACCCACUUUGGUCUUUAAUUUUUUGAUGUAUACAGAACUCAGCCUCCAGCAAGGGCUGGUUCGCUCCCUUUCAUUUCAAUUAAAGCGUGUGCGUGUGUG